GCGACCUUCUAGUUAACCGUAACAUUGUGUAACAUUUGUUGUCAUUCGUGAAAUGCUGUCCAAAGGGCAUUCGUACCUUGUGACGGACAGUUAACUGACUGUGCUGUGAGGAUGACCACCAAGGUGUUGCCUCAUCCAGCCUGAAGAUGGCCAAUCCUUUGCGGAGUGAAGUUGUCCAGUUAUAUAAAAAUUUGCUGUAUCUCGGAAGGGAGUACCCAAAAGGCGCAGACUACUUCAGAGAACGCCUUAGAGCAGCAUUUGCGAAGAACAAAGAUGUCCAAGACCCAGACAAAAUCAAAGAACUCAUCGGUCGCGGGGAGUUUGUGGUCAAAGAAAUCGAAGCUUUGUAUUACCUGAGGAAGUACAGAGCCAUGAAAAAACGCUAUUAUGAGAAUGAGGAAUCAUAGACCACACAUUGGACCCUCAUGCUGGGUCCCAGAUAGUCACAAUAACUGCCAUUGUUCUCUUAAAAACACCUUUCAGAGCACAGUCGUUUGAGACUAAAGUUAUAGCAUUUGGGUUUGCAGAUUCAUUCUGUAUUGACAUAAAUGUGUUUCUCAGUAACGGAAGUGCUCACUGACAGAGUUCUUGUCAUGCCAAGAAGAUGUCUUAUGUUUUUAAAACUGAUAUACAACAGAUGACGCAAUAAUACAAAUAAAUAAAAACUGAAACUAUUAAAACUCUUA